AGCUGACCCGGUUGUGGCUGUGGCAUCAUGGCCACGUCGACAAAACAAGAACUCACCAUUCCCCUCAAUCUGUGAGGUCCCGCACCGCGGUCAACCUUCCCUUCUUCGCUUUCAUCAGGAACGCAAUAGGGCGGCACCGACGAGGCCCAAAUUGACACCUACCUACCUAAGGCAUCCUCCCGCGCCUUCCCCGUUGCCCCCCCGAGUACGAUGGAGGCAUUGGCAGCAGUUGGAGCCGCGAGCUCAAUUCUCCAGCUCCUGGACUUCACCGUCAAGCUCAUCAAGACCGGCAAAGAAGUUCGAGAGAGCGGAUCUACAUUGGAGAAUGAAGCACUGGAGAGCGUUUAUGAGCGAAUGCAGGCAUUUUUACAGCCCGUCGAGGCUCUGGCUGGGACCGUUCCCUCGCCACCACUUUCCACCACAUUCACGCACGAGAUCAUUUCAUCGGCCAAAUGCGCGCAGAAAGACUGCAGUGAAAUACUCGGAUUUUUGCGGGAACUCAAGGUCAAGAACGGUGGGAGGAAGCGGUGGGGAAGUAUGGUUGUGGCCUUCAAGUCAAUCAUAAAGCGGAGGAAAAUCGGCGAUGUCGAAGCGCGGCUAAGGAUGGAGCUGAAUCUCAUAUCUGCCGAGAUGAGCAGAAUUACUUGUGAUGAAAUCCAAAAGCUGAGGAAGGAGGCCAACACACUAGCCCAGACGAACGCCGGUAGGAUGGCGACCGACCGCGAUUUGGACAACCUGUCGAAACGGCUUGAAGACUUUUACAUCGAAUCAAGAGACGCCGGACGAUCAGUGAAAGUUGAAACACUAUGCCAGGUGACCAAGCAACUUAAAGAACAGAUGGAAGAGCUCAACUCAAUCCGGAUCAACAACAGCUUCCUCUCCAGUCUGUACUUCCCCUGUCUCAGCCACCGGCACGAAACAAUACCAGAGAAUUAUGCAAACACGUUCAAGUGGAUAUACGAUAUUCCUCGUUUCCGGGACUGGAUAGAGUGUGGCUCAGGCAUCUUUUGGAUUCACGCAAAGCCGGGUGCUGGCAAGUCCACACUGAUGAAGUUCUUGGCCGACAACCCGCAAACCAGGGCGUAUCUAGACGCGUGGGCAGCCCCGUGCAGAGUAAUCAUCGCCGCACAUUACUUCUGGAACCUGGGAAGUCCUAUGCAAAAGUCCAUGCGCGGGCUGCUGCAAACCCUGGUCUCGGAAAUCCUCCACAAAGCACCGCACCUUGUCCCACUCGCACGCAGUCUUCAAGCACCACUCACACCAUCGUCAAAUGAUACCGAGCCCUCCAAGAUCGGGAUCAAAGUCAGCCAUGGAACAUCCAAGGCAUGGACCAUGGACGGAUUGUCUAGGAUCCUCCAAGGCCUGGCUCAGAGCGAUACCGGUGAUGUCAAGUUGUGUCUUUUUGUCGACGGUCUCGACGAGUUUGAGGGCAAUCACCAAGAAGUGUGCAAAGUCCUAGGAUCUUUGGCGACAUCGCGGCACAUUAAACUAUGCGUACGACGAUUACGGAUGCUCCCGACAGACUUGGGCGAUCUCUUCAAACAUAUCCUACAUCGUAUCGAUCCAGUAUACAUGCAAAAGUCCGCGGAGCUCCUCCAGCUUGCGUUGCAUGACGACGCUAUCGUCAAGCUUCCCCCAGAAGCAUAUUAUUACCAUGAGCGGGAUUUUGAACAGGAAGACCCCGCGGCCAUGUGGCCAGUCGUCAAGCUCGGCGCCGGGGAACUCUCGUCCACAAGAGAGCUAGCGAUUCGCAGAAUCACGGCCCUCACCGGUGGUCUCUUAGAAGCCAGCUCUCAGCGUUGGAUCGAUGCUCCGACGGUAGAGUUUCUCCAUCGGACAGUUGCCGACUUUCUUAGAACCGAAGAUAUGAACAGGGACAUCCGCUCCCGGACGAGGCCAUGUUUUGACGUACACCUCGCCCUCACCAAGCUUAACGCUAUUUUGAUCAUCUCUACCUCGAGCCCGAACUACGACGAUCGGCUAUGGUCACCAACACGGAUGUCUUUCAUCAUGAACGACUAUAUCCCCAAGGUCUUUGAGGGUCACAAUACUCGCUUGACUUACCAAUUCCUGGAUCGGAUCGAGGAUCACAUAGCCAGUUGUCCCUACCCCGAAUUCAACCUGCACCACUUCAGGACCACGCUUCUUGAGUCACGCUUGUUCGACUACGUCUCGGAGAAACUAUCCAAGAACAAGAGAUAUUUUUCGGAGGUGGACAUCGACCCAGAAGACACACUACUGGAUGCAGAUAACAGCGACGCUGCUUCCGUAAUGCUCGACAUAUUCCGAAACCGCGAAAGGCAUGUCAAGUACAGUGACCUCAACUGCAGCAGUGGAAGCGGUCACAUGUGA